UAGAUUAUCUGUACUUCCAGGAGAAGCAGAAAGGCAUGGCGGAGCAGGCUUUACUCCCACCACAGGGGGAUGGACCAACAGCAGGCCCAGACGCCCCCCUGGCCUCUGCCAGGGCAGCACAGCCAAACGACCUCCUAUCAGCUUUGUUAGAGCGGGGCAGUAAACUCAGGGAAGCCAUGGUCAUGUCAUCACUUCGGACAGAGUUGGACUGCGACGCCACUCUGAAGGACACGCCGCUACCCCUGCCCAAAGACAACAUCAGAUCCACGUCUCUCCCGCCAGUUAUGCCUUCAUCUGGAAGGUUGUUUCACCAGCUGCUGAAUGUUGAGCAUAGUCCACCUCAGCGUCCCCACAGUCCCAGCAAUUAUGACAUCCCAGAAUGCACCACGGAUAGUGAGAACAGAGCGGUGGAUCUGCUACUGGGCAGCAUCAAUGGGUCUCUGCUGGAGGCUUGGGAUGGCGAGGGUUCCCCUCCUGCCUCCCUGUCCGCCUACAGCAGCGUGUGCCUGGACAGCGAGCUCAACGAUCCCCAGUACGAUGAAAGCCUCCUGGAGAACCUCUUCUACAAGGCACCAAAAUCUGACUCGAGUGACCAUGAGGGCGAACUGGAGAACCCUGGCAAGGGAGAUGACCACAAGUGCACCAAACAGAACCGAGGCCCUAAGGACCAGCCGGUUCCAGAGGAGAGGGGCACCUUGGCGAGCUUGAGCCUGGAUCGGGUCACUUCGCUGGGGGCAAUGCGCUUGGCCAGGGUCACCAUCCACUCCCUAGCUGUUCCCCCAGAGCCCACCACCCCCCAGAAGCCUGGGGCCAGAGGAAGACCACCCAGACCCCUCUCCAGUAAAAGAUGCACCUACUUUGUGGAGUACGUGUUCCCCGCAUCACCCAGCAGUCAGACGGCCUCAGCUGAGGUCUCUCGAGUCGCCUCCAGCAAAAUCACCGGGGGAGUUGUGAAGUUUUUACAGCGCAUCGUGUUUCCAGUGCACUUCAGUGGAGCUGCUUUGGAGCAGUGGUGGCAGACCGAGCUCACUUUCAAGAUCUUCUCCAGGAAGAACACUGUGAAGAAGCCAUUAUUUCUGGGCACAGCAGCCUUCCUGCUGCGCUCGGUGUUGGAGAGUGAAGGCCUGGCCCACACCGCUUCAUUGGCCAUUCAAGGCAGCGAGGGAUCCACAGCCAAACAGGAAGUUGGCCCUUUGAAGGUGUCAGUACAGCUGGCUGAGGACAGUCAGGAUUUCACCGCCAAACCAAAACCCUCUUCGCGGCCCAUCCUCAAACGCACCCGCGUCAGCCCACACAGAUCCCCCAGCCCAAGCCCCCUGGAACCCUCCACCUCCAGAGCCCAGCUGACCGUCCCCAGCUCAGACAGGGACCCUCCAGGGUCACAGCAGGGCAGGACGUCCUCACUCAGAGGCCCAAGCCCAGCACCAGCUCCAGCCCCAGGAGCACCAGCAGGUGUUACCUUCAGCCAUGGAGCUCAACUAGUCAACCCAAGUAGUGGUGGUUCGCAUCAGGACGUCAGGAGCUCUCAACAACAUGGACCUAGUGAGGUGGAUGAGGUGGGGGGUGAGGGGGAGGAGGUUCUGCUGCAUGCCUUGCUCAUGGUGCCUGAUGGGAAGGAUCUGUGCUGCGGGCCCUACCUCCAGCCGCCCAACGUCUACCUCAACUGCAAGCUGUUUGGCUCGGACGAGAUGGCCAGAUCGGUGGUCAGCUGGGGGCAGACCAACCCCAGCUUCAGCUUUACGCAGGUGGCCCCUGUGCCUUUGAGCCAUCGGCUGCUAGAGCGGAUGAAGAACAACGUGCUGGUGAUCGAGGUGUGGCAGCGGGCCGGGCCAGCGCUACAAGGACAGGACCAGCUGCUGGGGCUGGUCAAACUGCCCCUGCACCAGUUCUACAUGUCCUUCAGGGACAGCCGCAUCAGCCAGCUCCUGCUCCAGGCCCAGUACCCGGUCAUCGCUGUAGAUAGCCACACGCCCAUCGUAGACGUCUUCUCAGGCAGCGUUCGGGGCAGCCUGCGGGUCCUCCUGGCCAUGGGCUUGGCACAGCAGAUCAUCGCACUGCAGAGGGCCAGGGAGGAGGAGAUGUACCCGGCCUCCCAGGCACCUCGACCCAGCCAUUUGUUGGACCAUGUACCGGCACCUCCAAAGGAAACAAAGGUGAGUGUGGGCGUGGCGGAGGCCCUGACGGAGCACGUGUUUGUGGUGCGGGUGGAGAAGGUGCGAGGGCUGGCUCCCCUGCAGGCCACCGUGUGGGGGGAGGCCGACUGCUACAUCCAGUACUCCUUCCCCACCCAGGAGGACCAGGCCCAGCAACAAGCCGAUCCCGACAUCGUGGAAAGCAGUGUGACCCUGAAGCAGUUCCGCACGUCCACCACGCUGUGUGUGCCCGACCCCUUGUUUGGCCACAGCGAGACCCACGUGCUGCUGGUGCCACCGGGGGUGCCCGUCCAGAAGAUCCUCCUCAGCUCGCUUUCCAGCCAGGGCCUCCGCAACGGAGGGGGCAUCCAGUUUGAGGUCUGGUGCAGGUACUACUACCCCAAUGUGCGUGACCAGCACGUGGCCAAGGGGCUGCUGCUGCUGCCUAAGCUGUGUGGCAUGGUGACCCUGCAGAGGCAGCUGCAGCAGACCGAGCCCCAGCUCUUCUCCCUGCCCCUCAUACCCAGGACCGAGGGCAACACCACCCACCAGCCACCACCCUCAGGGUUCCUGGAUGUCAGUAUCCAGUAUAAGCACCGUCCUCUGAGGAGUGCGGGGCCUAAAGGUGGACUAGGAGCCGCCCGCUUCAUCACCCUCAUGGUGCAGAUACACAGAGCAGCCGGCCUGAAGGCUGCCGCACGUGCGGUGGCCUCCGCGGACCCCUCUCUGCGCCACUUCUGCGAGGCCGGGGUCAACGCCUACGUGAGCUUGCAGCUGUCCUUCCUGUCGGAUCGGGAGCGCCGCGUGUGCACGCGCGUGGUGGCGUCCUCCUUCUGCCCGGAGUUCAGCCACGUGCUGGAGGUGCCCUGCAGCCUGCUGAGCCAGAGGGAGGGGGCCGUCACGCGCAGCCUGGCCGAGCAGCUGCACGACGCGCACGCCGUCUUCACCGUGCACCACCGCGACCACCGCAGGGGUGGUUCUGCGUCAAGGUCUAAAGAGGCAGUCCUGGGAACAAUAACUAUUCCACUAGCAGAUCUCAUUCACAAGAGAACAGGGAUAUCUGGCUGGUUUGGUCUGCUGCUGCCCCAGGAUGUGAGCUCUUCUCAGGCCUCCCACAGCUCCGUCGGAGGCCUGGAGCUCUCCAUCGGCUUCGCCCACCACUCGGACCGCGACCGCAUGAUCAAGGCAGCCCGCGCCGUGGGCUGGGAGCCGGACGAGAGGAGCGAAGAUGACAUCGAAGAUGGAGCAGCAGCUGACGAUGACGACGACAAUGACGAUGGUGGUGACCGAUCCAGAAGCGUGUGUGUGUCUGUGGCCGUACCCAGAGCCUGGCUGCCCUUGCACUGCCUCCUCCAGCCAGAAGAUGGCACUCUGCUACGCUCCACCUAUUGCUAUUUCCGCUAUAAACUUUACGACCGUGACGCCUGCUGCUCAGACCUACGCCACCCGACCCUGGACAAGAAACCUGAAGCCAGGGAGGGCAUGGAUAACUAUGACCAGGAAGACCAUGAUGGUGGUGGGGAUGGUGAUGCUAAGAGGGAGGAUGAAGGUAGCACCAUGACCACGGUGGUUUUCGAGGGUUGCUCCAGGGUGGGUCUGCGCUGUAGCCAGCCGCUGAGGUGGUACCUGCGGGAGGAGAGGCUGGAGGUGCAGGUGUGGGUGGCCCAGGGGAAGGGGAAAGGAGCCAGGCCCUGCGACACGGACCGCCUGGUGGGGUCAGCCUUUGUGGACCUCUCCACGCUGGCCACGGCGUCGACGCAGAAGCAGACCAUCAGCGGCGUGUACCCACUCUUCAGGCGCUCAGCAGCCGACCUCAGCGGUGCAGCGGUCAGGGUUCACGUCACCAUGACGCCCGGACCCAUGUUACCCGGCUACGAGAGCGACCCCCAGGCUGAACAGGAGGAAGAGGAGGAGGAGGAAGAAGACUGGGUGACGCUGGCAAUGGCGGGCACCUCGCGGCAGAUUCACAAACGCAGAAGCGGUGGUAGUCGUAGUAAGAGCAGGGAGCGUCCCCCCACGUCACGAAGCCCAGAGGCGGGAGGGGAGGACAGCUUUGGAGUGACUGUCUCUGUGGACCGGGCCAUGCACCUCAGCAUGAAGGGAUGCCCGCUGUCGGAGCGUGCUGCAGGGGUGCCAGGCUACUGCGUGUCCUACGCCACGGCGGGCCCUGCUGGCACAGUCUCCACUCACGUGGUGCAGAACAGCAGCUGCCCAGUGUGGGACCAUCAGCUGGAGUGUCGACUCUCCAAACAGUUGUUGCUGGAUCCUCAGCAGUCUCUGGUAUUCAAAGUCUGGCAUAAAGGAGACGUAGAGCGUGUGAUUGGCUUUGUGACGGUGGACUUGUCACCGCUGCUGUCCGGAUUCCAGUCGGUGUGCGGCUGGUACAACAUCACAGACUUCAGCGGGCAGUGCCAGGGCCAGCUCAAGGUGGCCAUCGCCCCUCUCAGGGGUGUGCACGACCUCAGGCGCCAUAGGCAGACUUUAACAGAAGAGGGCGCCAAAGACUCAAGUGCCGUACUGAGUGGGCUGCCGUUGUGCUACCAGACGACGGGUGUCUACAGUGCCUUCCCCAGCCACAUCAGCCGCUACCCCGAGCAGCGUAUCAACACCCCUCCUCACCACCUGGAACACAUGCUGGCAGACAGAUCCAGUGGCCGCCAGGAGGAGCAUGGGGUUUCCCACCAGUGCCCGUUGCAGGGCGAGGGGGACCAGCAUCAGCAGCAGGCCUCUCAGCUGGCUGCUGGGGACGCCGACCCGAGCCGCUCUGUCCUCUUCUCUGCACUCAGGAGAAACCUGAGUGAGCUUGACGACAUCCAGCGUUACUUCAGCCGUAAGCUCAUCAGUCCCCCGUUCCCGUCUUCCACGGGCCGGGGCGACGGGGGAGGCGGCACACCGCUUCAACCCCAGGAAGAGCGCAGGGACUCGGACACGGACACCCAGCAGCUCCUGCUCAAGUCCAGCCGCCUGGUCGGGCAGGUCAAUAGCAUCAUCAACGGCAUGAGUGAUUGCCAAGGGCUUCUGUCAAACAUCUCUGGCCUGCCCCCACGCCCGACGAGAGAAACCUGUCUGCCUGCAGCAGACCAUCAAGCCCCAUCCAAAGUUUCGCUUCCUCCAUCACGCUCCAAGUCCCCAGACACUCCCCCUAUGCUCUCCCCCAGAGACUCUAGAACACCUGAGGUGAGCCAUGACCCCUUGCUGACCUCAUAUGAGCCUGUUAUGACACAGCAUGAACAUCCUGUGGAAGCAGAAGUGCCUCAGAGUGACACGAGAGAACCUGCCUUGGUUGAGGACGAAGAAGAUGAUGAUGAGGUGGAAGAAUGUCUUUCUGAAGAAGAGAUGGAGGAGCAUGAUAAGCCUGAUGAAGAACAUCAGGUAGGGCAGGAUGAAGAUGACUAUGAGGAUGAUGAGGACUUUGAGGAGACCUUGCUAGAGCCCCGUACCCUAAAUGAGAUCACUUCCAUGACUGACAGAACCAGCCCCUGGACGAGUGUGGUGGAUGAUGCAGACCUGGGCUCUCUGGAUGGGCUUGCGGAGCAAGAACAGGAGGAGCGACCAUCCUGCGAUCUCCCCAUGAGGAGGUCAAGCAUGGAGGAGGAGGAGAUGGCAGAAGAAGAUGUGGAAGAAGAACAAGAAGAAGAGAGUAGAGUGGACAUUGUAGAGUCGUCUUGGACCAAGAACACCAUGCCCUACACCAUUAAAACCCUCAGUGUUCUGGACUCUGACGCUGAGGGCUCAGAUGGCGGCGCUGGUGGUUCGGAUGCAAAUGACACUUUGAUUGAGAGCAGUUCAAUGCAACAGAGAUCAGAAGAGCAGGGCCACGUGUCCCCACCACUACCUGCAGAUUUGUCAUCGUGGACUGAAGGUGCUACCGCUGCUCUCACCGGUUCUGGUUGCCAAGAGGAGGAGGAAGAGAGCUUAGUAGUGCCAGUCAGUGGUGAAGGCAACAAAAGCCCAAAACAACAUUCCACCGAUGAUGUCGAGCAAGAGCAAGAGAGUGAAAAACUCUGUGAUGUGCUGGACAUGCCAAACUUCUUCCUCCCCACUCAGCACCUGGAGGCCUCCAUGAGGGCCCUGCGCCUGGCCCCCACGUUCCCUCUGGCCACCACAGAACUAGAGACGUCUCAGGGUAUCGUCGUUCCUCGUCGGACUCGUCCUAGGCCGAGGUUCACGCCUUCCGCAGCCAACCGAGAGGAGACAAAAAGGAUAGCCAAGAUAUUUGCAUCUCAUUUUAAGGAUGACCACUAGCACUUUUAUACUUGUUUUGUCUGUUGCCGUGUCUGUGUUUUUCUCUCUGUGCGUGCUCUUUUUUUUAUUGUUAAAAUAUUUUUUAACAUUCCGACAGGACUUGACUUAGUGCGUUUGUGUGUGUAAGGGAGAGUGUUGUGUAUUGACUUGUGUAUGUAUGUGUGGGCUUUCUGUGAAUAAUUUAUUUGUCUGUGACAUUUUUAUACAGUCUGAGUGUAUGAGUGGUGUGCAGAAUGCAUGUACAGUAAUUUUCUAAUAUGAAGCGUGUAAAUCUUGUUUGUAUGUUUUUAUAACAAUAAAUUUUAGACUUUUUGAGAGCAAGAAA